AUGGAGAGUUUGCUCAAAAUCAUGCUUGUAACAUUAGCAAACAAUAGUUGCAUUGAGGACAUUGUUACAAUUAUUGGAAACAACUUUAGACAAUGUUGUAGUCCUUCAAAUUUGAUUGUUCCUACUCUCUUUUGGAUUCCCCGAAGAGUAACUGGUGAAAUUGGAUUUAUUGCAAAGUGUUUGUUUUUGUUUUUAUAUAACAUAAGCACCACUGAUCACUUGUUGGUCCUCAAGGAUUUUGGGGAUUCUUCGAGGUUGAAUAUUUCCGGUGAGGAAGCGUGGAAGAGGAGGGCGGCGAUGAGCGGAGCUAUGCCGCGAUCACCUUCGCCGCCGUCGAGUGGGGACGGGUUUAGUAUUGGGAAAUCGGAGACGGGUGGGUUAGGGAUUGGUUCAGGUGGGCAAAUGAGUGCGGCGCAAAGAAUGAUGGCAAAAAUGGGGUGGAAGGAAGGGCAAGGGCUUGGGAAGCAGGAACAGGGGAUUACGACUCCGUUGAUGGCGAGGAAGACAGAUAAGAGAGCUGGGGUUAUUGUCAAUGCGAGUGAAAAUAAGCCGGAGAAGAAGUUGAAGAGUGUGAAUUUUAAUGGACCGCCUACUCGGGUUUUGUUGCUUAGAAACAUGGUUUUUGGAUUUUGUUGACCACUUGCAGCCUUGCAGGUUUGAGUUCUUGAACAGGGGUUAGGGGUGUAGUGUCGUUUGCAUUGCAUGAUUCCCUCUUACUUAGUAGGGCUUGAAAGGCUGGACUAUAAGCCCACUCCCCAAGAUUAUGUUAAGAUAGCAGAGCUGCAUCAUGUACAAAUGGUUGAUUCACUAUUUGGAUUGUUUUUAAUAAAAAAUUAUGUUAUUAAAAAAUGAAAAUUUGUAUACUUUUUUCACCUAGGGGUACUAUAAACAGCUAUGUAGUUCUUGUGAUGUCAAAGCCAGGAAUGUGUUAAAACAGGCCAUCUUAUGCAUAGUUCAUAUUUUCUGGUGACUUACAACUCUAUUAUGCUAGAGUUUGUGUGUCACAUGGUGUGUCUCUGUAUCUCUGCGUCUGUUGAAUUUUAUGGAAUUUUUGUAGUGAAAUUGGAUUUAUUGCAAAGUGUUUGUUUUUGUUUUUAUAUAACAUAAGCACCACUGAUCACUUGUUGGUCCUCAAGGAGUGCUGUUAUCUAUUUGAUUCACAAAGCAAUAGACAUGUCAGGGUACAUUGGUCUCUAAUGGUACACUUCGUCCGAAAAUAUCCUGGGAAUCUUUAAAAGUCUAGGCAAUUUUAAUUGAUUUUACAAUAAAAAGCCAAUUUGUGUCCACGGAAGAAAUGGAAGUAUAUUCUGGUGCUAUUGAAGAUUUUAAUUGGAGGACUUGUGAGAAAUUCUUCAGAUUCAUUAGAUUUGGGAUAACUAGGGGGUGGGGAAGACAUUAUCCUGUUCUUGUCCCCAUUUAAUUGAGGGUCAAUAUUAUUAUAUAUAACACAUUUUU